GGCCCAGCGGAGGGCCGACUGGCAGGCUGCUCCCGUGUUGACAGCAGCCGAAGCAGCCGCCUCAGCUCGGGGCUGGAGGGGAGCCGCCGGGAGAAGCACUGCGAGAGGCGCCGGACUUCUCCUGCCUCAGCUCGACAUGGCCUUCAUGGAGAAGCCGGCGGCGGGGAAAGUGCUGCUGGACGACACGGUGCCGCUGACAGCGGUGAUCGAGGCGAGCCAGAGCUUGCAUUCGCACACGGAAUACAUCAUUCGUGUGCAAAGAGGGAUUUCCAUGGAAAAUAGUUGGCAGAUUAUAAGAAGGUAUAGUGACUUUGAUUUGCUGAAUAAUAGUUUGCAGGGAAGGCAGCUGAUGGGCCGUUGGAUGCUGCAGACCUCCCUUUCUUCAGGUGGACAGGGAAGACUGCAGAUUUCUGCUCUUAGCCUACCUCUUCCUCCUAAAAAGUUGAUUGGAAACAUGGACCGUGAAUUCAUAGCUGAAAGACAGAAAGGACUCCAGAACUAUCUCAAUGUAAUUACUUCCAAUCAUAUACUGUCCAACUGUGAACUGGUAAAGAAAUUUUUGGAUCCAAACAGCUACUCUGUAAACUACACUGAGUUUGCCUUACAGCAUGUUUCAAUGUUCUUUCGGUCGGAGCCAAAGUGGGAAGUGGUGGAACCAUUAAAGGAUAUAGGCUGGAGGAUACGGAAGAAGUAUUUCUUAAUGAAGAUUAAAAAUCAACCAAAGGAGCGGCUAGCAUUAAGCUGGGCUGACCUUGGCCCUGACAAAUACUUGUCCGAAAAAGACCUUCAGUGUGCUGUGAAACUUCUUUCUUCUUGUUCUCAUCCUUAUAUUUACAAAGUCACUUUUGCAACAGCCAAUGAAUCUUCUGCACUAGUAAUUAGACCCUUCAAUGAAAAAGGAACACUAAAAGAUCUGAUAUAUAAGGCAAAACCAAAAGAUCCAUUCCUGAAGAAGUACUGCAACCCAAAGAAAAUUCAGGGUCUUGAACUCCAGCAAAUUAAAACAUUUGGCAGACAAAUACUAGAGGUCUUAAAGUUUUUGCACGAGAGAGGAUUUCCAUAUGGCCACCUUCACGCAUCUAAUGUAAUGUUGGAUGGAGACACGUGCAGGUUACUGGACUUGGAAAAUUCACUGCUGGGACUCCCGUCCUUCUAUCGGUCCUAUUUUACGCAGUUCCGUAAAAUUAAUACUUUAGAAGGUGUUGACGUGCAUUGCUUUGGUCACUUGCUAUAUGAAAUGACCUAUGGGAGACCCCCAGACUCUGUUCCAGUGGAUAGCUUCCCUCCUGCACCAUCCACCUCUGUAGUGACUGUACUGGAAUCCAUUCUUUCUCCUGAAGCCAUGAAGAAUGGCAUGCCCACAGUCUCCCGGCUCCUGCAAAUGCCGCUAUUCAGUGAUGUCCUUUUAACAAAUUCAGAAAAAACACAGUUUAAGAUUCCCACUAAGUUAAAAGAAGCGUUGAAGACUGCCAAAGAAUGCAUAGAGAAGAGACUAGCAGAAGAACAGAAACUGAUUCAUCAGCACAGAAGACUGACGAGAGCUCAGUCUCAUCAUGGUUCAGAGGAAGAGAAAAAAAGGAGGAAGAUCUUGGCACGAAAAAAGUCUAAACGCUCAGCCUUUGAGAGUGGGGAAGAACAAACAAUGAAAUACAGCAACUCCAACAAUUCAGCAGGUUCUGGGGCGAGUUCACCUCUGACAUCGCCUUCCUCCCCUGUUCCACCUUCUACAACAGGAGCCUCAACAAUUCCUUCGCCACCUCCGCCACCAGCAGCUCCCCCUCCUCCUCCUAAUUUGGAUGUGCCAACGCAGCCUGACCCACGGCCUGUUAACAGUACAAGCCGGGGUGCCUUACUCAGCUCCAUUCAGAAUUUCCAGAAAGGAGCUUUGAAGAAAACAGAAACCUGUGACUACAGUACUCCCAAAAUCAGCUGAAACUGUUUACAGCAACCCAGCUUGGAUAUACUUUCUAUUUGUGUUCCAGGAACAAAUCUUAUAACAAUUUGAUUUAGCCACUGCCUGGUGGCGGUUUGUUUUACAGCUGCUUCUUAGACCCAUUUCAAGCUUUUUUUCCCCUUUCCUAGAGCAAUCUCUUGAUUAGCAGUACUCUGUCAGAUUGCUUUGCAUUUUGGAGGGUGAAAAGUGUCAAUUCCAGUUUAAAGGAACUCUUACUCCUUUACAGAAUCUUGUUUUGGGUAGUUAGUAUUUCUUCUAAGAGAAUAAAAAGAAAAAUAGCUCAACAAUGACAGUUCAUUUCCUGAGACCUGCUUUCAAGGGCUUCUGAAAGUCAACCCUGGCACAUUGAUGUUUGAUACAUUGAGUUAGCUUAGCUAUGCUAAAAAUCACUUAAUCUGAAAGUUAUAACACUGGUGAAAGACUUAAGUCUUGUCCUUUCUCUUCCUGCAAAGUACUGAGUUGAUCAAUGGAGUAUUCUGUUGAAACACUUGCUCUUAACCUGGCAUGGCCAUACUGAGGCUUUGGAUUAAUUUGGCAUUAAGCUGUUUUACGCUUACACAGGAGCUGUAGCGUGUUUCCAUCAAACCAAAUUUAUCAAUGUGAGAUGUAUUCUCGAACUGGGAGUUAACAACAACAACAAAAAGCUACAUAAUGUUUUUGUGACAAAUGUCCUUUGAUUUGUUUAAACCCUUAAACUGCACUUUAAGGAUUAUUAGUAAUCCAUUUUUAAAGUCAAGUAUACAUCAGUGUUUGUUACUAUGCAGAGAAUAUCGUUGUGUAUAAGAGUUCAUGUAACCUGUGAUAUACUCAGUCAUAUUUUUAUUAAAAUAAAUGUCAAUAGAA